AACAUGUCGGCCUCCAUUCAACGAAUGAAUGAACUGAAGCAAAGAAGAGAAGAUCUUGAAAAAGAAGUAACGGAACUAACCGAUGUUUUAGAAACGCAAAAAGGUGUAGGUUUAGAUGGACCAUUAAUUGAUAAUGAAGGGUUUCCCAGGAAUGACAUAGAUGUCUACAGUGUACGCCAUGCUAGACAUAAUAUUAUAUGUUUGCAAAAUGACCAUAAAGAGGUGAUGAAAGAGAUAGAAGAAUUAUUAUAUCAGAUACAUGCUGAAGCCAGAGACAAACAGACCAAUGAAGCCAUGGAUAUAUCUGUACAUAAAACAGUUAGAGAGCAAGAACCAUUCGUUAAAGUAGACAGACUAGAUCCUGGUUCACCAGCAUUUGAUGGGGGUAUUCAGGUUGGAGAUGAAAUUAUCAAAUUUGGUUCAGUUGAAAAGGAAAACUUUACAGGCUUACCAUGUAUAGGUACUGUUGUACAACAUAGUAAAGGAAAACCAUUAAAUAUAACCGUUUUGAGAGAUGGUGAAAUAGUCAAAUUAACAGUGAAACCUGAUAAAUGGUCCGGAAGGGGUUUAUUAGGGUGUAAUGUUGUGCCAAUAAAGAGAUGAUCUACAACAUAAGUCAAGUCACAUCAUUUCCUUAGGCUAUGUCAGUUAUCAUCUACAUCCAGAAAUAACAUCUUGUUUUAUCUAGGGUCAUAUGAGUUUUCUACCCUUUUUCAAUCCUUGAUCCCCAGUUAGCUGUAAAUAAAAUAUUGUUAUGUUGUUUUAGUAAGCUCAAUUUUUUACAAGCAUUUAUAGUCACAUUGCCAAUGAUAUUUCUCUUGCUGAUGAGUAUUUGAAAUCAGGAUGUAGACUGGGAUUGGUGUCCAGGACUCCGGAACAAACUGACUGUAUAGGCUUUAAAAAGAAUUAAGAAAGUUAGUAAUGCACAUGCGCACAACAAAAUUCCAUAUUUCCAUCAAAUUCAGAAUUUGAUAAUACACUUUCAUACUAAGUUUGAUGGAAGUUGGAAAAGUUUGUAAUGCGCAUGCACACAACGCAAAUUGAAUAUUUUCAUCAAAUUUAGAAUUUAAUUUUUCAUUUGCAUACCAAGUUCGAUGAAAUUCUGAUGAGAAAUAUGAAAGUUAUGUAAUUAAUUGUGGGUAUGCCCAGUACUUCUGUAAGCUAGAAUUACAGUAUAACACGGUUCAAUUCAUCUCACAGCUUGUAUAUAAACCAUAACCUAAAACAUAUUAAACAAAUAUAAGGAGAGGUUAUCCUUAAAUAAACAUUUCUGAAACUUCGAUGACAGCUUAUUUACAAUAAUGCCUGAAGAAGCUACAUUAGCGAAAUCCGGAUCGCAUAUUAUUGAGGAGUCCCCUAUACCUACCUUUGUUGUUGUGAGUUAUUUUUAUUAUUUUGUAUUAAAAAACCUUUAUAUUAUU